AAAUCCAGGCUGUAGUGUGAGCGAGAGGAGACUAUAUUUCUUUCACUUUCGUUUUUUCUUACUGAUUCCCUUAUACGUCCCCCUCUCUCUCUUCCCUCUCUCUCUCUUACCCCCACUUCUUUACCCUAAAAAGGGACGCCCUUCCCCCACCCUUCAUAGCCUCCUUCUCUUUUCAGGCCCCAAUUUGCAGAACCACAGCCAAGGCGGAGAAGAGAGGAGGAGGAGGGAAAAGAGAGAGAGAAAAAAGAAAACCAAGCAAGAAAAAGAAGGGCCUCUGUUUCUGCUCUGCCUCGCAAUAACUUUUUUGUUCUUAUUGUCUUAAAAAUCCAUUUUCCUGGUAGAAGAAUUAACAAAAAUCCCCUCUCCUCUCGAUCCUCAUCAUCAUCACCACCACCACCAUCAUAAUCAUCAAUAAUACACAAUUCCCAGGUUGAGAUUUGGAUUGAGAUUGAGAUUGAGAGGGGUUUUUUAAGCAAUGGCGCCGAAUUUUGACCUUGGAGUCGGGAGCCUUUUGUGUGCAGAAGAUAAUUGUAUUUUCGAUAAUAACGAUGAUGACGACGAAACGCUAGAAGAGGAGUUUGUGCUGCCUCCUUACUAUCUAAGAACUAAUGGAACUCGGAGUCGUCGGAAUCGGACCCCUUGCGGCGGCUGCGGCGACGGCGAAAGGUUUCCCUUUGUGAGCGAUGAGUGUUUGACCGGAAUGGUCGAGAAGGAAACCCACCACGUGCCGGUGGACGGUUACCUCUCCAAGUUGCAGAACGGCGAGUUGGAUGUCGGAGCUAGAAGAGACGCCGUCGAUUGGAUUGGAAAGGUGAGUGCUCAUUUCAGCUUUGGACCUCUAUCUACAUACUUAGCCGUAAACUACUUGGAUCGCUUCCUCUCGGCUUACGAUCUACCCAAGGGGAAGGCUUGGACAAUGCAGUUGCUGGCUGUGGCAUGUAUGGCCCUUGCAGCCAAAUUGGAGGAGACUGAAGUCCCACUCUCUCUGGAUUUACAGGUGGGUGGAUCAAAGUUUGUGUUUGAAGCAAGAACCAUUGAAAGAAUGGAGCUUUUAGUCUUGACCACUUUGGGGUGGAGAAUGCAAGCAGUUACCCCUUUCUCGUUUAUCGAUCAUUGCCUCCGCAAGAUUCAAGACGACGAAAUUGCAGUCAAAACGUCGCUCGGCCGAUCCAUUCAUCUAGUAUUGAACAUCAUACAAGGGAUUGACUUCUUGGAAUUCAAACCUUCUGAAAUAGCAGCAGCUGUGGCAAUAUCAGUAGCUGGAGAAGCUCAACCAGUGGACCCUGAGAAAGCAAUUCCUCUUCUCAUUCAGCAACUCCAAAUGGAAAGAGUUUUGAAAUGCAUUAAAUUGAUUAAUGGAUGCGGGUGUGGGUCGGCAAAGGACUCGAGAGCGUCGAUGUCGGAGCCCCGUAGCCCGAGCGGGGUGCUGGACGUGACGUGCUUAAGCUAUAAAAGCAAUGAUACAGCAGUUGGGUCAUGUGCAAACUCUUCUUCUCAUCAUAACAGUUCAGAUGCUGCAAAGAGGAGGAGACUGAACAGACCCUGUGAAGUGGAGCUAUAGAAAAGAAAAAUAAAUUAUAAGAAAAAAAAAAGAGUUGAUGGGAGGUGUGAUCUUCCAGUUCUAAAGUAAAUUUUUGAUGAGGGGUUUUUUUUUUUUUUUCCAAACAGCUGUUAUUGGAAGGAGUGUUAUAAAAAGGAAACGAAGAAAAGAGAACACAAAGAAGAAGAAUGGAGAACCAAGUUCCCAAGCUGUUUCUGUUAUGAGAGAGGAGGAGGAAUUGGAUGUGGGAAGUGUUUAAUUUUGAGAUACACUUUCUUGUAUGUGUCGAAUUUUUAUUGGUCGAGACCAAAAAGAAGGGUAAAGAAAUAGUGGGAAAAAAAAAGAGAAGUUAAAAAUGCUUAAUUUUAUAUAAAUUUCGGAAUUGUUUAAUA